AUGGGGCGACGUUACCCGCUACGGGUAGGGUUAUCACGGGAACGCAACAAGGGGGGAGCGAGACAGCACCAUCGACCACGCAUGGGUCACAAAAACCUCUACAGCGGUGUACCACGGACCGGGGGACCCGUGCUUAGGGGGGUCAGACCAUGUCCCACAACGAAUCUCGGUCUACGACGAGAGGCAGGGCAGAAAAGAGAGCGUAGCGAAGUCCUAGAGGGCUGGAGCUGGGGCUUAAUGAACGAGGAGCAAGUCGAAGAGCUAGCGAAAGCUAGGAUCACUGUCCCCGAACGAAUCGAACACCCGGAGCAAGUGGAACCCUCCUUCAACAAACUACUAGAGGAGCUAAUUGGAAUCGCGAACGAGGCGGUCCCACAGAGAAAGCGUAGUAGCGGAAGGCAGGCCAUCUGGUGGAACAUUAAAGUCAAGAACGCGACGAGGAGAACGCGAAAAGCCUUCCGAGACUGGAGAGCUGUGAGGACGCCGUGGCGCCGCGAAGAACUCGAAGAGGCGAGGAGAGCACAGAGAGCUAUCAUCAGAAGGUCGCAGACGAAGUGCUGGAGGCAGGGUAUCCACGAAGCAUCGGCCGACCCCCAGUAUUCUGUGGGCUAUAGAGAGUUUCUCGCAGACCGGUUCUUCCCUACCGUUAUACCAGGAGUCGACCCGGGGCCGCGGGGAUAUAGCCACGGGCCCGAUAAGGAGUACGAGUUCCUCCACCAGGAAGUGACCAACGAGGAUAUUAGAAAGACCCUGGCAAGAACAGCAAACAACAAGGCACCUGGGGAGGAUGGACUUUCCAACGGGUUCUUAAAAGGCCUGCGGCGAACCCCUCUACAACGCAAUGGCGGUCCUUACAAGAGGGAGCCUCGCGCACGGAGUGUUCCCGCGGCGAUUUCGCAGCGGAAGACGGGCGCCUGGAGGCCGAUCACCCUCCUCAGCAGCGUUGGGAAAGUCGUCGAAAUGGUAAUCGCAGAACGCCUCUCCCGGGAAGCGGAGAAGCAGGGAUGGCUCCCCGAGGGGCAGAUGGGGAACCGCAGCGGCCGCUCCACGGAAUUCGCGAUCAGGGUGGUCACGGAUGCCGUACACGAGACCUGGCGGCAUAAGGCGAACGCAUCUCUCCUUCAACUAGACCUCAAAGGGGCCUUCGAUAGGGUACACCACGGAUGGCUCACAAGGACCCUUAGAGAACUGGGGGUCCCGCUGUGGACCCUUAGAUGGGUCGAUUCGUUCACCGCUGGGAGGUCGGCAAAACUCUGGUUCGAUGGGACGAUGUCCGAAAGGCUCGAGAUAGUAAGGGGGGCAAUCGUGGUAGGGUUCGCAGACGACACAAAUAUCCUGGCCGUAGCGGAGACGACGGAGGGUACCUGCGGCAUCCUAGCGGAGGCCUGGGGACACUGUGCAGGUUGGGCAGCAGAGAGGGGUAUGGAAUUCGAGCCAGCGAAGAGCGAACUAAUCCACUUUUCGAGAGCAAGGGCCCCGAUCGAGAAGACCCUAACGAUCGGGGGGGUAGAGCUGAAACCAGUUGAGGAUGCUAGAUUCCUUGGGGUUUGGCUCGAUAGGAAGCUGAGGUACCGCGCACACCUCGCGGCGGUGAGGAAGAAGAUGAAGACCCAGACCUGUGCCCUAACAAGGCUCGCGGCAAAGACGUGGGGGUGUACCUUCGCGAGGGCGAGGGAGAUCUACUCGAAAGUGAUCCGCAGUGCGAUCGCGAGGCUCCUUGCCUUCGAGGAUCGGGUUAGGAUAUCAGAGGAGGCGAGGCUAAUCCGCCAGACCCCUGCCACAAUCGCUGCGAUCCUGCGGCGGAGGCGCAGAAGGGGGAGGGGAAGACCUCGGCGGGAGAUAGACGAUAUAGCAACGGCACCAGCGGAAAAAGGCUCAGGAGAAUGGAAGAAGAGGUGGGCACAGGAGUGGGCCCCCCUCGAGUCGAGGCCGGAAGAAGGAGGAGCUAGAGCCAGGGUCAACCGGGCCCAGUACCAAACCACAAGAGAACAGCUCGAGAGGUGGAUGGAGGAGGCAAUGAGAAGGGAGUGGAUUGGAAGAUGGGAGAGUGAGGUAGCUAGGGUGGUCGCUAGGAACCCGGGGGCGGGCCCUCGAACCGGCCGAUGCGACCGCGCGGUUCGACGCCUCUAUCAUGAACCGACACCGGUCGAGGGACCCAGCCUGGGAGCUAUCGAAGGCGAAGAGUACUCUCCUAGUGCAAGCGAGGACCGGGAAGAUUGGGCUUCGAGGGUUCCUCUUUACUAG